AUGGAGUGUGUCACCACUCCUAUGUUCUCCUUGAUGAUCAAUGGCACUAUGCAUGGGUUUUUUAAAUCUCAGAGAGGGCUAAGACAAGGUGAUCCCAUGUCUCCUUUGCUCUUUGUCAUUUGCAUGGAAUAUUUGUCCAGAGUUCUGCACAGCAUGAGCUUGCUGCCUUUGUUCCAGUAUCAUCCAAGGUGUAAAGCUGUAAAGCUCACUCAUCUCUGCUUUGCAGAUGAUCUGAUCUUGUGCUGCAAAGGUGAUUUUGCUUCUAUCUGUCUGUUGCUACAGGCUUUCAAGCUAUUCUCUGAUACUUCUGGUUUACAGCCUAACAAACAGAAAUCUUCUAUCUAUUGCUAUGGGAUGUCUGAUUCUGAUAUUAAUAGGGUAGAAUUGGUUUCUGGUUUUACCAGAAGUGUUUUGCCUUUCAAGUACUUGGGGGUACCAAUUUGUUCUAAGAAAAUCACCACAGCUCAGUGUGAUAUGUUGGUGGACAAGAUGAUUGCAAGAAUUAAAGUUUGGAGCUCCAGGAAUCUCUCCUACUCAGCUAGAAUGCAACUGAUCAAUUCAGUCUUAUUGAGUUUGCAUAUGUAUUGGGCCCAGGUGUAUGUGCUCCCUAAGCAAGUUUUAUAUGAGAUUAAUAAGAUCUGCAGGUCUUUUCUUUGGAGUGGCAAAGCUUACAGCACAAAACCAAGUAAUAUCUCUUGGGAACAGUCUUGCUGUCACAAGAAAGAGGGUGGUUUAGGCUUCAGAGAUGUUGUUAAGUGGAACAUUGCACUGAUGGGAAAAUAUGUGUGGGCUGUUGCUUCCAAACAGGAUAAUGUUUGGAUUAAGUGGGUCAAUGCUGUAUAUGUUAAAGAUGGGGUUUGGUGGGAUUACCAGCCUAAUGCUUCAGCCAGCUGGUAUUGGAGGAAAGUUUGUGAAAUUAAGGAGAUUUUAAAGCAAUAUUACUCUCAGAAUGAGUUUAGUACUAUUGCUCAGUACUCAGUUAAAGUGGUAUAUGAGAAAUUAAUUGAGGCUAGACCUUUGGUCACCUGGGACAGGUUAGUUUGGAAUAGGUUAAAUGUUCCAAGACAUAGAUUUAUUUGCUGGAUGGCUGUUCAAGCUAGGCUUCAAACCACAGCAAAGCUUGCUAGAAUUGGUGUUAGUGUGUCCCCACUGUGUUUAUUGUGUGGACAACAGGAUGAGGAUCAUAAUCAUUUGUUCUUCUCUUGCUCCUACAGUCAGCAAUGCCUUAAUGAUAUUAGAAGCUGGAUGAGUAUCCCUGGUAUUUCUUCUGAUCUUCAGCAGAUCACAAGGGGGAUUGAUCAUAGCAGGCAUUCUCAGUUCAAGAAGCAAGUCUGGUAUGCAGGCCUUGCAGCAAUUGUCUAUGUAGUUUGGCAGUGCAGAAAUGGUAGCUUUUGGGAUAAGUAUGUUCCUACAGUGCAGAAUUCUGUAAAGAGCAUUAAGCAUGCUGUGAGAGAUAGAAUCAAAGUUGUAAUGCCUAAGAAGGUUAGUAGAAGGGAUUGUACUUGGUUUUUGGCUCUGUGA